CCGGCGGACGAAGGGAAAAGUGCAGCGGCCUUAGCAGCUUGUCGAACUUUGGCUGAAGAGCUAAGCGAACAACGUUUCCCGGCUCCUAGAAUUCUUUCUUUCAAAGAGGGAAGCUCACAAGCUCGAUACUUCGUAUCUCGUCUAAUUCCGGCUCAUAAAGAUCCUCCCUAUGAGCAGGAGGCGAGAUUCGCUCAACUCCGCUCAUUAUCCACCGCUCAAAGAGCGAGAUUGAAGGCGAGUUUCUUCCACACCGACGAUCCGAGCUUCUGCGAGUGGAUGCGGAGCUUCAAACUGGCCGCUCCCGAACCGAGCUAACGCCGAAGAAUGACAAGUCACCGAGUUCAGACACCUCACACGAUACUUGCUGAUUUGUCCGCAGGUACAUCUUCUUCCUCCAUUCAUGGAGUUCAUAGAAAAUUUAAUGAUGAAGAUUCGAGGCAGCUUCAGAUCUUUCCAUUAUAUCAAAUUUAGAAAAAUUUCAUUGGAGCUUCCUGCAAGUAAAUAUUGCUUGAAAUAUAUUUAAGAUUUUGAGUGGAAGAGAUGAAUAAGGAAUUAUUGUUCAUUUGAAAUUGCAUUUGUUGUCGCUUGCUCUAUUUUUCCCUAUCCCUUCGGUGUAAACUGUAAUUUGCUUUUGUGGCCUGAGUGCUGGUAGGAAAU